AAUAUAUUCAAUUUAUCUCUUAACUUUUUCUGGCCAGUAGUUGGAUGUGCCGUCUCAUCUUUCAGCAGAUCAUUGCGAUACUUUUAGUAGCUCGUUUAUGUUUGUUUUAAAAAUUUCCGGCGAAUUCGAUAAGAAUCAACUUUAAUGGAGUUCGUAUGGACCAGUUGAGAAUUUUCAAGCAGACCAAACGAUUUGUUGAACUCAAGACUAUGACAACCAAUGCGCUUAUGCAUUUGUUCCAGAUUCUGGUCACUGUCGCUGUGGCUUUGCUAGCAGUCAGCAAGGUAGAGGCGAAGGCUACUGGCUGGACUGACAUCUUCAAACGGUCUCCAUCUCAUUCGUAUGAGGACAUUACUUCCACAGUUCUCACUAACAGAAAGUUGUGGAAAGAUAAUCGAGAGAGCCUCAAGAAAUAUGAAAAACACAAAACGGCCUUUUUCGAUGGUAAAACGCUUCUACAACAUGCUUCAAACAUAGGUUACAAAGGUAGCGAUUUAAAUCGAUCGGACAAAGCCGACAUUUUGAAUGAUUAUUACCUGUACAAUGACUUGUUGUAUGAUCUGAAAACACUCGCGACCGAACAUGGGGAAAAUGGAACAAGUUGUGGAUUUUAUCGAAUUUCUUCAGAAGGACGCACCGAGUCGAACCAAUACAAAGUAUGGAGGAAUAACGCUAAGUGAUCUCGAGAAUGAGAAAAUUGAAGGAGGGAGAUUUAGAAGUUAUAUACGAAAGAUAAGUCAAUAGAGAGAGAUCUUUUGAUGCUUCAUAACAGCUCCAGCAAGUAGCCCCGCGCCUGCUUCAUUCGUCUUGAUAGAGCAAAUAAUUGCGUUGCAGAUUUGACUUACU